AUGACCGAUGACAUUAAGAAUCUCAUUCUAGCAAACAGUAACAAGGAGAUCUCCUUCAGCGGUCCUGCCAGGAGAGAAGGCAAUGAUGCGACGGCCUCCGUUUUAUCUACCUCGAUGUCCGUUAAACUUAGGGACCAUGGCGUCUUCGAAUCCAGAGCUUCGAUGAUACGGAACAUCAUGGACGCUCUUGCUGACAACAGCAAGAGCGUGGUCGGGGUUUACGGGAUGGGCGGGGUGGGCAAGUCCACCCUUUUGGAGGAUGUCAAAAGGAUACUAAUCGAAGAGAGGUCGUUUGAUUGGGUCGCUAAGGCCGACGUGUCGAAAAAUCCAAACAUCCAUACGAUUCAAGGAGAUAUUGCAGCCUGCUUGAAACUCACUGACAUAAAGAAGGAAGAAACGAUCAGCGCACGAGCGGAGCUUCUGCGCGAGAGGUUGGAAAAGGAGGGGAGGGAGAAGAAGAAGGUGCUCAUAAUACUGGACAACCUGUGGGAGAAGCUGGACUUGAAAUUAGUCGGCAUUCCUUGCGGACAUGACAACAAAGCCAUAGGAUGCAAGUUGUUGUUGACGUCGAGAGAUCAACGUCUUUUGCAAAGGGAAAUGGGCUGCGACAGGGAGUUCCUCCUUGGUGGGCUGGACAAGGAAGAGGCAAGAGCUUUGUUUGAGAGGACGGUGGGAGACAAAGUUCACGAUAACGAGUUCCAGCCCUGGGUGGAAGCAGCACUCCGUAGAUGUGCAGGCGUGCCUUUCCUCAUUGUUGCAAUGGGGAAACUUCUUAAAUACGCUGCUUUAUAUGAAUGGAGGGACACUUUGAAAAAAAUCGAGAAGUUUAACCAUAGAGAAAUCAAUGGUUUGAUAGAUCAGAUGCUGCAAUGGAGUUAUGAUAGAUUAGAAGGGGAGGCAAAGUCAUUAUUACGACUCUGUGUUGUUUACAGUGUCUCCAAGCCCUCUCUUGAAAACUUGGUGAGGUACGGCUUCGGUUUGGGGUUAUUUCAACAAGUUAGCAGCAUGGAAGAAGCUAGAGAUAGGUUGCACACACAGAUCCGUGCUCUUCAGGCCUCCGCCCUUCUGUUAGAUAGCGAAGACAUUGGUGGUUUCAAGAUACAUGACUUAGUUUGCGAGUUUGUUGCCUUGGUCUCUUCGAGAGAUCACCACCCUCUUCUCGUGUUGGAAGAUCCAGUUAAGUCACUAACAGAGUUGCCGGAGGACAAGCUCGAAAGUUGUGAGGCGAUGUGCUUUCCCAAUAUGAAGGAGCUUUCGCAAGAAUUAAAUUGCCCCGAAUUGCGCAUUCUUCUGCUGUCCACAAAGGACGAUUCUCUUCAUAUCCCAGAUUCAUAUUUCAACUCUAUGAGGAAUCUUAUGGUCUUAAAUCUUACUAGCAUACGUCUCACUUGCUCUCCUUCGCCAUUUCAAUUCUUGUCAAACUUACACACCCUAUGUUUUCAGAAUUGUUCAUUUGAGGAUGUGGCCAUUCUUGGCAAUCUAAAGGGGUUACAUAUUCUCAGCAUUGUGGACUCCGAAAUCCAGCGAUUGCCGAAAGAAAUUGGGCAACUGGUAGAGCUCAGGUCGUUAGACUUGAGCCGUUGUCCAAAACUUGAGAUUAUUGAACCGGGUGUACUUCAAAGCUUGACCAACUUAGAGGAGUUGUACUUGAAGCAAAGCUUUCAUCAUUGGAGUGCAGGGGAGCAAACUCAACCAACUAAUGCAAGUCUGAGUGAGUUGAAUCACAUGAAGAAACUAUGCACUCUGCAUGUGUCCAUUCCCGAUCCGAGGGUGCUCCCGGACGAUCUAUACGUUGAGAAAUUAACCAAGUACGAAAUCCGAAUAGGUAAAGAGUGGCGCUGGUGGAAGGAUUGCAAUGGAUCGAGGACAUUGGAGCUCAUCAACUUGGAGAAGAUAUACCACAACCAUAUCUCCAUCAAGUCCUUCAAGACGUUAAAAGUAGUACGAGUUGAAGGUUGCGACAAGAUGGAAGUUCUGUUUCCUUGUUCGGUGGUGAGACAACUUCCACAUUUAGAAAAGAUCGAAGUUGUCGAUUGCGAAUUAAUGCGGGGGAUUGUAGAAGCUGAUGAUGAUCGUGGUAAACUUGAGUUGCCUAAGUUGCGUGUAUUGAAAUUGUGUGGGUUGCCAAAUAUCGCUAGUUUUUUCUCAACGGGGUCGUCUCCUUCGAGGAGUACAUCAGACGACCAAGUGGGCACUCAAAUUGCAUUCUUCAACGGACAACAGGUUUCAUUUCCAUUCUUGGAGUCCUUGACAAUAGAAGGACUUCCCAAUUUAAAUGAGAUAUGGAGCGAUGAAUCUCCACUAGAGUCGAGCAAUCUCCGAUCUCUCAAAGUGGUGCAGUGCGAAUCUCUCUCAAAGGUUAUCAGCUCCAAAUCGUUGGUAAAGCUCCACAAGUUGCAAACUUUAAGAAUCAAUGAUUGCAGUUUGGUGCAAGAAAUUUUUUACCUUGAAGGACCAAGCGCCAAUGGAGAUGUUGAGACUCUGUCAGAGUUAACCACCUUGGAAUUGAAUAAGUUGGGGAGCUUGAGGCACAUAUGGCAGGAGAAUCCUAGUGGAAUAGUGAGUUUUCAUAAAUUAAAGGAGUUUAAGUUGGAUGGCUGUGACAACCUUGAGUUUAUAUUUUUUCCAUCCAUGGUGAAAUCUCUCGCACAACCGAGAGAUCUAACGGUAGCAAAUUGCAAGAAGAUGGAGACGAUCAUUGCGGAGGAAGAAGGGCUGGGAAUGGAAAUAUCAAAAACUUUGACAUUCUCAAUGUUAACCAAUUUACUCUUACGGCGUUUGGAAAGCUUGAAGUGCUUCUCUCGCAGAAAGUGUAAGAUCAGUUUUUUCUGUUUUAUCACUAAAGAUUUUCGUGUAGAUAGAUUUAUCCUCGAAAUACAAAUGAUGACAUUCUUUUCAUCCAAUGACAAACCAAUGACGGGUUCACGAGAAGCUCAGAGUCGGGACCGUGUCAACUCACACUCUGCUGCACUCUUCGGUGGAGAGGUUGCCUUUCCAAGUUUGGCGAUAUUAGAAGUUAGUGGCUUGGGCAAUCCCGAGUUUUUGUUUUCCCCAUCCAUGGUUAAAUCCCUUGCAAAACUGAGAAAUCUAACGGUAAGUGAUUGCAAGAAGAUGGAGGCAAUUAUUACGGAGGAAGAAGGAUUGGGAGUGGAAAUAUCAGAAACUCUGUCAUUUCCAAUGUUAACUAACUUGCGCUUAACUAACUUGGGAGGUUUGACGUGCUUCUCUAGCGAAAAAGGAUGGCUCAAGAGCCUGGAAAGUUUGAAGGCAAAAGCAUGUGUUUCACUUGAAGUUGUUCUUGAACUUCAGCCACUAAUUCCUCUAGAUGGACAGCCUGUUGCUCUUCCGUUAAAAGAGGCGACGGUAUCGGGAUUACCAAAGCUAAAAGAUCUAACCCAACUUGAAGAGUUGGAGAUCCGUGAAUGUGGCAUUGCAGAACUCAUCGAGAAGGAAGGAGUACCGGUUCCCAGGAUAUUGACGGAAGUUAUUAGUGACAAGGGAAGUAAGGAGGGGCAUGAAGUGGCUUUCCAUCAUUUGAAAUGUAUGGAGCUUGAUGGGUUGAUAGAGUUGAAAUGUUUCAGCUCAGGUGGAUGCGCUUUAAUAUUCCCUCUCUUGGAAGAUGUUAUUGUGAAUGGAUGUCCCAACAUGAAGUUCUUCUUUGAGGGGCCAAUAGAGGCACCAAAGCUGGAUAGCCCUACGGCUGCUAAGGCUAAGUUUGUGCGGCUGUUUGAGUUCCCUGAGCUCGUUGGAAAGUGGCACAACGAACAUAAUCCCGUCAAUUCAUCUUGGCAAUUAAAAACCCUGGUGGUGGAUAAGUGUCCAUCAUUUAUUAAUGCCAUGCCAUUCAAAUUGAUGCUUGUUUUGGAGAAAAUGACUAGCUUGCAAGUGCGUGAUUGCAAGUCUUUGGAAGAAAUAUUCGAUCUUGAAGGGCUUGAGUCGGUGGAAAGCACUCGGGUGCUACCUCGCUUAGAGGAUUUGCACUUGAUCAAUCUACCAAAGUUGAGGCAAUUAUGGAACAAAGAUCUUCAAGGAAUGAUGCGCUUCAAUUCUCUGUCUUUUUUGUCUUCUCUGACUCUUUAUAAAUUGUGA